CAUAUUUAAUUAAAUAAUUGCAAAUGUAUAUGCAGAGACAGUCUUCUACAAAACUGUAAUGUCAAUUAAAUCAUGAAUUUCUCCAAGUGACUGACUCAGACACUAAUAUCAAAAAUAAGAAGUCGUCCAAGAACAAAGAGGAUUCAGCGGAGAUAGAACACACUAACGUAGAGAAAGCAACCAAUCAGAAACUGCGGUGGACUCCCCUCCAAAAAAGAAAAAGAAAUUGGAUGCAGCAAUAGAGGAGAGCGAGAUGAAGGGAGAACCUAAAAUAAAAGGUAAAAACUAAACAUGCAAAGAGGACAAGCAGACAGAGGACAGGUAACACAAUGAGUUCAUACCUCUAAAAAAUAAAUAAUAUGGAGCAAGAUUGAUGAGGACUUGCCUAAGAUUCUUGGAGAGGCAAAGAGAUCAGGCAUUUAGGAGCUUGUGGUCAGAGCUCCAAUGUUCACUUCUUCUCAUAGACAUAUGAAACACAGUAUAUUUGAAUCUGACAUUAUUGCAAAACCAUUAAAAAAUGUUUUGUGUCCUGUCAACAGACUUAACAAUAUACAUUUUAGUGGAAUGGAUAUUAGAAAUCAUUUUGUGUGCAUCAACUGGUGAUUAUAUACCGCUUCUUGUACGGGGGUCCUGUAUUGUUAAUAUUCUCAACAUGGAUGUUUUAAACAAUGCUACAUCAGAUAAAAGGUUGCUAGAUAUGAGCAUAGUAGUGUCCAUGUUUAUUUUUAAUAAACAAAUGGCAUAGCUAUUUUCUCAGAUCCAUUUUGACCUCAAUACUACCCUCUGGUGACAGUAUUCAACAUUGCAACAGCCCCACGUCCAUAUUGUACAGUGGCAACCCCGCUUCCAUUCAACCUCCUAGGGUUGGCUCAAUAGUGUACUGAAGAUCUACUGCAUUCAUAUGGGAAAUAACUUAAUAUCUAUUACAGACAAAUUGGAAAACUGUUUUCUGACAUCUUAGCAAGUCAGGGAAUUUCCUUGAACUUGUAACCAGUCAAUGUGGCUCGGUCUACUUAUUUUUUUAAGAAUCAAUCAGUGACUGGAGGGUAUAAGGAGGGUAUGGCAAGUCUUCAGAGAUAUGCUCACCCUAAAACAAGAGAGGAAUGAAAGACAAUCGUAUUUCUGUUUCCCACAGCUAUAGAGCUUUCCAUAUUGAGUACCACACAGCAACGUUACCAUCAUGACACGUAAACAUACCUUCUUCCCCUUUUGAGUCAGAUGUGUGAAUCUGUACAGUGAAAUGUCUGUUUGUGAAGUAACCUCAUCCCCAGGCUCAAUUGCUACAGUGAGAGAGAGCCGGCUGGGUGGAGAUUAUCUGUGAGUAAUUAAUGCAAACCAGAGUCGACCCAGAAGUACUUAUACAGAUCCUAUUGGGGAUAACAACAGUAGUCACACUUGUAGAAAUAAAGCGUACCGAAACACGCUUCAGACCAGCUUGAACAAAAAAGGGAAUCAGGUGCUCGACUGAGGGACUUGAAAGUCCCAAAAAGCCUUCCUCACCCCAGGACACUUCAACAGACACCAUUGGUUAUGGUUUUAUUUGUAUCCGAAGGAUGCCAGAAGAGCUGCAUUACUCUACAGUGGUUUUAAAACAUGUCUUCACCAAAAGUGGAGGAGGGCCCUGCUCCCCACUCUCAACGCUUUGGAGGAGUGGCAGUGUGUUUGGGGGUUAUUUGUAUCCUGUUGGUGUCAGCCAUUUUACCUUUCUGUGUCUACUUCAGCACUGCCCUCUCAGAGCACAACACAAAUUUGGUGAGGGAACUGGAGCAGCUAACAGAUGAGCAUAUAUCCCUACUGGCAGCCAAUCAGGACCUAAUGAAUCUCUACUGCAAGCUGAGUGUAGCCAAUCACAUUUUGCAGAGCGAUUACAUCAAUGUGUCUACUGAAAACCAGCAAUUGAAGGCAGAGAGGAUGAACUUGUCAAGAGACAGGGAUGGGCUCAACUGGACUCUUGGGGUCAUAUUUCAGUUGAAGAAUUUCCCAGUUGAUAACUACUGCCCACAUGAAGAUGCCAACACCAAAGAUAGAGAGUGCAAACCUUGUCAAGUUGGCUGGGUGCUGUUCCAAUCCAGUUGUUACCUGUUUCUGCACAUUAAAGUCCCCUUCGGUCACCUUUGGAGGACCUGGCAAGGAAGCAGACAGCACUGCAAAAACAACAAUGCCGAUUUGGUUGACAUAGGCAGUCAAGAGGAACAG